AUGUCAAGCAUCGCAGGUGAAGUGGCAACCUUCUCUUCUGAUGACCCUCAGGACAAGCUGAUGCCCCGUGGCCCAUCGCACCGCCCGCACCGCCAGCACCACCCUCGUCUCCCCUCGCCUUCAAGGUGCCCUCCACCUGUGCACCUGUUGCACACAUCGCUUGCAAGGGAGGAUCGCGCAGAGCUACAUACUCGCACUGAGGGACCUUUUGGGGGACAAGUAAGGGAUGCGUGUGUUUCGUUUCGAGAGUCCUUGCACCAUGAAGGUGUCGGAGUUGCUCCCUUGGUAAGAAAAAAGAACACAUGCCAAAGCGUACUAAGAGCUCGUCGAGCGUUUCUCGAAGAGGACAUUGAUUGUUGCGGCCUUGGGAACAGCAGAGGCAGCCAAACACUAAGUUUAAACCGGGAGAGGUCGACACUAAUAAUAACACCACGAAAUAAAGGAGAACCCCCGGCUUUCCUGUGCAACUAUAGAGUGGACCACAGCACUAGAUUAAGGCAGGAGAGGUUGACAAUAAUAACAACGCCACCAAGGAAAGCAGAACACCCGGCUCUCCUGUGCAACUAUAGAGUAGACCACAGCACUGGUUACGAUGGGAGUCCCAGCCGUCCACCGACGUUCUCCUCGCAAUUCUUCACAAAUGAGCUCCGCAAAUUCAUGGACAGAUGUGACAGAAUCAUGGCUUGGAGUCCCUGAGGAAGAUGGGGGAGCUCGCACUGAAGGCCAAGUGGGCUACGGCCGCCAGCUGCACCACUCGUGGCCCUGGUACAUCGCGUAUACGCUCGAGAAAAGGAAAAGCAAUGCUCUUUGGCUGCUUGCAGCAAGCUGGUGCUCACCACGGCUGCCGCCAGAAACGACUGAGAUGUAGACGUCAGUCAGCUUCUAUAGACGUCCGUCAGGCACCGUGCAUUUAGCGCCUUCUUUGUGCCGGACUACUUGUUGCAUACGGAAAUCAGCACAGCCCUUACGGUGAACAUUGGUGCGGGCAAUAUUUACAGCGCGGUAUAAUAGUUUGCGUAAAGACAGUUCAAGGUGGUCACUACAUGGAACGUAUUAUCGAGCAUGAUUCCGGCGUGGUCAUCACUCAGCGUCAGGGCACUGAUUUUACGCCGCGCAGCAACUGCGUGGUCUACUGUGGUGCGCUUUUAAGGCAGGCUUUUACGUGAUCUGAUUGCAUGCGAAGCGUGUUUCAUAUGGUCACAGAUUAAAGCGGAUGCCGAAAGUUACGCCCAUCAUCCGCGAAGGCACUAGACGCGUCGCGCGGUGUAAAUGGGAUACGCCGGCACCGGGCAGCUCGUACACGUCGAAAAUACGUCCUCGUCACGUCCCACGCAGUGCCGCCACAGCUUGUGUCACACUGAGCCAAAGCGCUAUGAAAGCUGCGGACGUCAAACCUUGCAUAGCAGAAGGUAAGGAUAAAGAUCCUGUACAUACAUAACAGGCAGCUGUACUUUGUUAGGAGGACUGACGAAAAACCACCAGUAUGCUUCGACAUGUCUAAUUAAUGAUACGAUAUUUAUUUUUAUAUUAUAAUUGAAUUCAAGUUCUGUACAUGGAUUUUCAUGCUCACGAUGCCACAAAAGCUUUUGAACGGCUUACAAGAGGUAACACGCGUUUGCUUGCAGCAUAUUGUUUCUAAUGUAACUCUUUCUUCCAGGUUUAAAAUAAACAAACAAAGAAAUAACGUUUUAAAAAAAUCACGCAUAGCAACCCGCUUGUGUGCCUUUCAGCACUGGUUUCAAGUAAACCAUCUCAGAGGCCCUAAACUACUGUUAUGUCGGGUCGGUCGUGAGGGAGCUCAGAUUUCUUUUCGAAAAUAAUUGAAAUUGUACACAUAAUUGUAACCGUAGGACUUCCUCCGGUUGCAUAAAGCCUAGUUUCAUACCACGCUACAAAUCAGAUUAAAAGGAUGUAGACAGGGUAGCCGAUAAAAAAUGGUCAGAAAUCUGACAAAACUGUAUGUACUAUUCACACGUAUCGUAACAAAUUAAAAUAUACAUAUAUCUCGGCGUGAAAAUAAAAUAAUCACGAUAAACCGAUGUCCAUUGGUCGUUGCUAUCAGUAUUGACCACUGUAAUUGCUCCGUGCUGCGCAAUGGCCAUGAAAAGUUUAUAAUUUCUUUACGUUUCAUAGCUCAGUAUGGUUCUUCGGUUUUAUGAAGAAUAAGAAACUGUUGCAGAGACAUUAUGGAAUCUUUACCAUCUUCUUUGAGGUUUAGGAAUGAAAUUGACAGGCCAGAAUAAAGUCUUCCCAUCUGCAACACUU